AUAUCAUUCAGUGAUACUCCUUGUUAUUCUCUUGACAGGCUGCUGAUACCCUUGCUGUGAGGCAGAAGAGAAGGAUCUAUGAUAUCACCAACGUUUUGGAGGGAAUUGAUCUCAUUGAGAAGAAGUCAAAAAACAGCAUUCAGUGGAAAGGAGUAGGUGCUGGCUGCAAUACAAAAGAAGUCAUAGACAGGCUGAGGUAUCUGGAAGCUGAAAUUGAAGAUCUAGAGCUAAAAGAAAAGGAACUGGAUCAGCAGAAACUGUGGCUUCAGCAAAGCAUCAAGAAUGUAAUGGAUGAUUCCACAAACCACCAAUUUUCAUAUGUCACCCAUGAAGAUAUCUGCAGCUGCUUCAACGGGGACACACUUCUAGCAAUUCAAGCACCUUGUGGUACACAGUUAGAAGUACCUAUACCCGAAAUGGGACAGAAUGGACAGAAGAAAUACCAGAUCAAUCUUAAAAGUAGUUCAGGACCUAUCCAUGUGCUGCUUAUAAAUAAAGAAUCAAACUCCUCCAAGCCCAUGGUGUUUCCAGUUCCUCCGCCCGAUGACCUCGCACAGCCCCCAACUCAACCUGCAGCUCCAGCGACACCCCUGAAACCUUCCACAGCUCCUCAGAACCCACCAGAGCACCCACCAGAGCUGAACCAAGGACAAGAGUUACCACAAACACCAGUCGCAGACGCUCCCUCAGAGGGCAGCGAGCAGCAGGAGAGCAGGACCCCAGCAGCUCCUUACUCCAGCCUUGCGGGGUCGGAGCUGUACCCCAGCCUCCCGGGGGAUGUCCCCCACGGAACAGCCAGCUCAACUGACUACCAGGGCCUGCUGCCCCUGGAUGUCAACUCUAUCCUCAAGCCCAACUCAUUCGACGGAGCCAAGAUGGAGGAGCCCACAGGAAACAUCAGUGGGGAUAUCAUUGAUGAGCUCAUGUCUUCUGACGUUUUUCCUCUCUUACGACUCUCUCCUACUCCCGGAGAUGACUACAACUUUAACCUGGAUGAUAAUGAAGGAGUCUGUGAUCUCUUUGAUGUGCAGAUACUAAAUUAUUAGAAAUUGUGUCAACCGGACUACUUAUCUACCUCUAACAUUCUAGACUUCUUCAUAACCUAAGUAUUUGAAUAAUGAAUGUAUAACUUCUUAGUUCACUGACUCUGGGAGUGUAUUUCCUUUUGCUUCCUUUACUUCACAAAACAAAUUCAACAACCAGAAAAAAAAAGGGCUUUUAUCAAAAAUUCUGGCACGAUUUUUCACCUGAUUAUCCUCUGUGUGAUCUAUUUGGAGUUUUCUUUAGUAAGAAAAGUAAAAAUGCUUUAUAGCCUCUUCAUCAUUUUUAAAAAAAAAUGAUUAGGCUUCUUGCUCACAGUUAACAGCGUUUUCUUUGAAGCUUUACUGCCAAGAAGCUUUCUAUUUUUUUUUAACCUUUUAAUCAAUUUUGAAGCUUUCACUGCCAAGCUGAAAAGUGAAGGAUAUCAACUCAAGUUACUCUAAAUUGUUUCAGUGAACCAAUUUUGUGAAGUGCCUUCUGUUUUAGCACUUUAAGUUUCUCACACUGACUUCUGACAUUCCACUUUCCUAGGUGAUAGGAAAGGUCUGUUUGUAGUUUGUAUUAAAGUGUGCCAAUACUUGUAUAUUAACAAGAUUUUUUUAAUAAAAUUGUACAAACAAA